CUCUUGGUUCUCUCAUUCGUGGUAAACACAAGGAAUUCAGUGUCACUGUAACAACGGCAACAAAAACAAUGGCUGAUGCUGAUGAACCACAGGAUCAGACAGAACAGGAUCAGGCAGAACAGGAUCAGGCAGAACGCGAGCGCAUUUUCAAGUGCUUUGAUGCCAAUGGUGAUGGCAAAAUCUCUUCGUCAGAGCUUGGGGAUGCCCUACAAACACUUGGCCGUGUGACGGCCGAUGAGGUGAAACAUAUGAUGGAUGAGAUUGAUACUGAUGGUGAUGGAUUCAUUUCAUUCCAAGAGUUCAUAGCAUUUGCCGUUGCUAAUCGUGGUUUAAUGAAAGAUGUUGCUAAAAUAUUUUACUGACGGUGAUGGAUUCAUUUCAUUCCAAGAGUUCAUAUAUAGCAUUUGCCGUUGCUAAUCGUGGUUUAAUGAAAGAUGUUGCUAAAAUAUUUUAAUGUUCCUGGCCUUA